GGGCAGGUAAUCUUGAUGCAAUGAGGUAUCUGACCAUGAAGCUAACUGUGAUCCAAACACCAGAGAUAAUGACGGGAACACUCCUCUGCACACUGCUGCAAGAGAAACAAUAAGGUUGUUGUGAAGUGUCUUCUAGCAGAGUGCCAUGCUGAUCCGAACUACACCACCGAGGAAGGAUUAGCACCUCUGUCUCUUACACACAACACAGCCAUUAUCAGGCUCCUCCUACAACACGGUGCGGUGACUGCCAAUGUAUACAAGGAAUACUUACCACAUGGAAGUCCUACCGAGGCAGCUAAAUCCAAUGUUUCCCUCUUUGUGAUAGGAGACCAGGGUGCAGGCAAGAGCACCCUAAUAAAAGCCCGUACAACAGAGAGAUCUAGCAUUAUUCGGUGGACGGGGCGAAUGAAGCAUGUGGGGGGCGUAAAAGAGAGAACAGCUGGUAUUGAAUGUCACACAGUUCAUAGCUCACGAAUCGGACGGCUUACGCUAUAUGACUUGGCAGGUCACAGAGAGUUUCAUAAUUCACAUGACACAGUCAUCAGGAGUAGCAUAUCAUUGGGGAUCUUCCUGUUCGUUAUAAAUCUUAGAGCCAUACUAUCGGACCUAAAACAAACCAUCUCAUACUGGGUUUCUUUCAUUCAGAGUCAAGUUUAUGAAAAUUCAUCUUCGCCAGUUGCCAAGCCC